AUGAAUUACAGCCAGAAGAAUCAAGACGACUUUGAAGAUAUUCUUCGUAAUCUAGUGCCAUAUGAUGAAGCAGAAGAGCAUGCCCAGCAGACACCCCAGGAAGAAGAACUUGAAAUCUUUGACAUGGAUGCCUGGGAGAAUGAUCUGUCAGAGGACUUGACUUCAGACAACUUCUUCAUAACCCGCCCAACAAAGAAAGAAAAGGAAGAACAAGUAGCCACUCCACGUGAAAGAGAAGAUGCACAGUUAAUCGCAGAAAAGACUCCAGAAAGCGAAGUUGUGCAGAGCACUACAGAGACAUCUUCACUUGAGAUGACACCAAAGCAGGUGGAAAUAGAGCCAAGUCAGAUUGUAGAGCGCAUUGGGGAACCUGAAGAAUCCAAUUCACCGGCCGAUCUAGAAGCAAGUCCAAAUGACACUCUGGAGUUUACACCAGAGUUCAGUCCAGAACCACUGCCAAACUGCAGCCCAAUACAGCACCUAGGGGCAUCCCCAUGGCAUGCGUAUGAAAGUAACCAAGAGGACCAAGAUAUUACUAGUCCAUGCACCGAAGCAGUACAGCCCGCUGAGCCAGAGCCAAUAGGAAACAUUGAAGUGCCCGAGCAAGAAACCGCAAUGCCAUAUGAGUACACCAACAGUGCCCCCUCUAUUAAUGCAGAGCAGAACAAUGGAUGCACAUUUACACCCAUACCAGAUGUCUUUGACAUGCCACAGGAUAAUUCCUGGUCACUUGAGGAGUACUUUGGCGAUUCCCAUGAGGAUGCGUCUCCAGAGGGCGACUUAUACGUUGCGGAUGAGUCCAACUCAGGCUAUAUGUCCACAGAUAACUCAUUGCCAUACCAGGACACAACUCACAUUCAAAACAAUCCUGAAUGUAUUCCAUCUGGGUAUACGCCAGAAGAUGUAGAGUCGCCUGAGGAGCAAUUACCUGAAGAAUUUGAAGAGCCAGUGCAAGAAGCUUUCUCAGUUGACGAGCUAUUUAAAGACUGCCCGCCCAUUGACCCAAGCCUCUUCUGCUAUGGAUCUGCAGCACAACAAGACUCUGCAUUCAAUAGUAAUUUCCCGGCUAACAAUCCACCUACACAGCAAGAAGGAAUUCUAUUCAAUAACUUCCCAGCUAAUGAUGCACCUACACAGCAAGAAGGAAUUUUAUUCAAUAACUUCCCAGCCAAUGAUGCACAUGUAGAGCAGGAAGACUUUUCAUUCAGCGAUAACUAUUUUGCUAAUGACGCGGCUGCAGAACAGGAAGAUAUUGCUUUUGAUGAAUACCCAGCUUACAAUAGUGAAAUGAGUGGAAACAAUGAGAGCAGACAGCAGCAGGUCCGGCCUAACUUCAUACCAUCGUCUCCUUUCCCACAAAGCACACAGCCAAGCAUGGAAAAUCCAUACAUUCUUCCAAGCACAGACGAUGUACCAGUUAUGCUGGAAACAGUAGAAGAACCUAUCUCUUCACACCCUACUUCUGACGUACAGAUGCUUUUCUGCGGAAGCAAGCUGCUUCUUUCCUCUGCGAUGCCAAGCAUUACUAAUUCUGCCAAGCUUCUGCCACAGCCACUAAAGCUGCACUCGCUACAAGCUGAAAUACACACGAGCAACAUUCGGCAGAAGUCUACUGAGGAGCUGGUCGGUCUUCUCAUUAAGGCAUAUCCUUUGUCUUUCUCUGAGAAAGAGCACCCACUGAACUUCCUUAUUACAAAGAAUGCAGAAACACUGUGCGCCGCAGAGGUUAGAAGAACUGAAGCCCGCCCCAUUCUGGAAUGCAACCCCGCGCUGCCUCAGGAGAUAAACAAAGCACUAUUGCAGAAUAACUGGGCAGAAGGCCUCUUCCUGGCAACGAAGAAUGCAGAGCAUCUGGAAUCUGUGCGAUCCAUGUAUGCAGAACAUACAACAAACACACAGACCGACCAGAUAAGAACUCUUCUGUCGACUGGAUGCUCUGUGCCAUUGGAGCUUGUGCAAACACAGAAUGUUCGAGAGAACUAUCUUGCAGUAUUGAAAAGCGCUGUGCAAUCAAGAAGUGCGCCAGUAGCAAAUGCCCUAGUUGAUACACUUCUGCACAAUGGCCAAGCACAUGCAAGCAUUGUCUGUGCAGUUAUCUCUGGCCAUAUGGAAAAGUGCCUUCCUUGGGUGUUUGACAUAAACACCUUGCUUAUAUGCAGCAAGCUGAAAGAUAAGGAAGAAGGAAUUCGAGUGCGCACAAAGGAAGUACUAAAGAACUUGCGGGUUUUGAACAAGAAAAGAGCGCAGGAGAUAUACAGAGAGAACAAAGACAUUUUCACUCGCUCAGAGAAAAAUGAAAUUGAAGAGUGUCUAGGAAUAGAGGCUAGCUCCUGGGGUCUUCAGGGAAUUAUAAAUGCAGUAGACAAAGGCAUCACCCGCAUGGUUAGCACACCAACUCCAACACCAGCUCCAGCUCCAACGCCAAAGCCAGAGUUGCCUAUAAGCAGUGGAAUAUCGCUAGGCAGUGGUGUGUCUGUUCCAGCAGGAAGAAUUGUGAAAAAGAAGAUUGCAAGCAGACCAAUAAUUCCUAUGGGCAAGCCCACCUCACCAGUAGCAAACAGCACUAGCAUUCCAAUGCCAGGAAUGAAUGAAUCUAGUAUACCAAUGCCUACUAAGCCCAGUAUGCCUUUCAUGACAAUGCCUACUGAGACCAAAAUAAGUGAACCUGCAAUUCCAAUGCCUGCAACAAACAGCACUAGCAUUCCAAUGCCAGGAAUGAAUGAAUCUAGUAUACCAAUGCCUACUAAGCCCAGUAUGCCUUUCAUGACAAUGCCUACUGAGACCAAAAUAAGUGAACCUGCAAUUCCAAUGCCUGCAACAAACAGCACUAGCAUUCCAAUGCCUGUCAGACCAAGUAUGCCUUUCAAACCCAGCAUGCCAAUGCCAGUUAAGCCAGCAGAAACAGCUAUUCCAAUGCCUGCUAAGCCAGAAAUGAGUAAGCCUGCAAUUCCUAUGCCAAUGCCAGUCAAGCCAGCAGAAACAUCUAUGCCAAUGCCCGCUAGACCAAGUAUGACAAUGCCAGUCAAGCCAGCAGAAACAUCUAUGCCAAUGCCUGCCAGACCAAACAUGCCAAUGCCUUCCAGACCAAGUAUGCCAAUGCCAGCUAAGCCUGCAGAAACAUCUAUGCCAAUUACUGCCAAACCAAGUAUGCCAAUGCCUGCCAGACCAAGCAUGUCAAUGCCGGCUGCACCAACUAUUUCUAGCACACCAAGCAUGGCAGGGUCACCAAGUACUUCACAUAGUAUUUCUCAAGAGGCUACAGGCGCAUCUGCAUCCACUAACUCAUCUGGAAAUUCAAGCGGCACACAGAAUAGCCCCCAGAACAGCUUUAUAAGUGCACCUUCUGCACCAAUGCCUGCUCCAGCACCUGCUCAGAGCAAUGAUAAGACAGACACUUCUGAUUCUGCAGCAGAGGACAACAUCGAUUACAAGAAGCUCUACUCAGACAAAUCAAGAUAUCAGAUUGUUGACGAUAAACCACAGAAAGGAUCUUGGUUGGGAUACAUCCCAGGGGUUGGCGCAUUGACAGGAAUGGUUAAGAAGCUAGCAGGCCAGAAUAUUCCGGUAAUUGAGCUCUCACAGGAUACUAUCUUCAUACUGGAUAAAAAGCUGAAUAAGUGGAUUACAGUGGACUCAAAGACAUUCAAGCCAAUUAAGAUCUGCGCAUCCCAGGAGUCAAUGGGGAGUAGCGUAGAACAAGCACCAAAGCCCAUUCCGCUGCCUGUUAUUACUGGAAAAAUGCCAAAGCGGGGGCCUGAUGGCAAAGUUGACUUUGGACCGAUUGGAACCAGCUUAGAAGCUAGAUAUGGAAAGCCAAUGAUUCAGUCCAUAAUUGAUACGUCAGUCCAGGAAGCUCCAGUAGCCUUCCCUACAUCGCAAAACAUGUACUCCACAAAGAAUGCAAAGGUUUUCAUUCCUAAAUUUCCAGUAGAGGAUACUACACCGCAAUAA